GUAGUUGUCAUGGUAAUGGCAGGGGAUGAUGGUGGGGUUGCCAUGGAGAUGGAUGUUGGAGCCGCUCGUGCCGCAGUAGACAGUAAGGAGCUGUGUGUUGCUCAGACUUUCUGCUCCACGCGAUAUUAUCUGCUUAUAGUGAUUGGGGACAUUGGAACGGAUCAUCAGCUGCACAAAGUGAAAGAACAAAUAAAACAAGGGCUCCGGUCAUGGGAGAUUGAUCAGACAGUGUGUGAUUUGGACAAUGAGCUCCAGCUCUUUAGAGACAAGCAUUCAGCUCAGUUCUCUUCAGAGGUGAAAGGACAAAGAAUUCUGCAAUACAAGAGUGAUGUCCUUGAGACAGUUGUAUUGGUGAAUCCAUCUUUGAACAAUAUUGCUAUAGAGAUCAGAACACUCCUCUGUGAUUCAGCUAAACACAAGUUAUUGGUCCUGAGCGGUCAGAGCACUGAACAAGGUGGUGACAUCAUCCUGAACGGUGGAGUAUUUGACUGGAAGAAUUUCUCGGACAUCAUCAAAAUUCAAAGAAUUAAGAAUUUCCUGAACCAGUCCGGUCCAGGUGAGCGAGCGUGUCUGACUGUGUGUUGUGACGGAGAGGGGGCCUGGAGCUCCCUACCUCUCAACCAAGAACAGAACCUGUUGGAGUACCGAUAUAACCCUGACCCUGUGCUCCCUGAGAUGGAGGGUAUUACAGAAUUUACAGAUUAUGUCUCUGAGACUGUGGAUAUUACUUCCCCCUUUGAGCUUCUGGAGCCACCCAGCUCAGGGGGAUUCCUGAAGUUGUCCAAGCCAUGCUGCUACAUCUUCCCUGGAGGCAGAGGAGACUCAGCCCUGUUCGCUGUUAACGGCUUUAACAUACUAAUUGAUGGUGGUUCAGACCAAAAGUCUUGCUUUUGGAAACUGGUGCGACAUUUGGAUCGGAUUGAUUCUGUUCUGCUUACCCACAUUGGAGCCGACAAUCUUCCUGGGAUAAAUGGACUGUUGAGGAGGAAAAUUGCAGAACAAGAAGAGGACCAUUCUCAAGGCUCAAAUGCCUAUGGAGAAUGGAUGAAAAACCUGAUUUCACCUGAGCUUGGUGUGGUUUUCUUCAACGUUCCAGAGAAGCUAAAGAUGUCAGAAUCAACUUUGAAAGUUAAAAGGAGCAUUGAGGAGGCAUCUCUUACGUUGCAGUACCUCAGCAAACUAGGUAUCAAACCUGAGCCCCUCUAUCGAGUUGUUAGCAACACAAUCGAGCCUGUCACCCUUUUUCACAAAUUGGGUGUUGGGAGGUUAGAUAUGUAUAUUCUAAAUCCAGUAAAGGACAGCAAAGAAAUGCAGUUUUUUCUACAAAAAUGGGCAGGUAACAGUAAGGCUAAGACUGGCAUUACCUUGGCCAAUGGAAAAGAGGGAGAAAUAUCUGUUCCGUACCUAACAUCAGUAACGGCACUUGUUGUCUGGGUUCCAGCGAGCAUUACUGAAAAGAUAGUGAGGGUAUUGUUUCCUGGAAAUGCACCACAGAACAAAAUUUUUGAGGGCCUGGAAAAGCUAAGGCAUCUUGACUUUUUACGUUAUCCAGUUGCUACUCAAAAAGACAUAUCAUCUGGUGGCCCACCUUCAGUCAUCAAACAAACAAAACUUAAGCCAAGGACUGACAGCAAGGAAAGCCUCAAGUCUUCACCCAAAAUACUUGCCACUACUAAAGCGAGCAAGAAAGAGGCAAAUGAGGACAUUGAAUCAAAAAGCGACUCAGUAAAAGAGACUAAAAUGGAAAAGAAACCACAUAAAAUGCAAGAGAGUGUUAAACGUUCCAAACCAGUGAAAGCCAGUACAGAAAUCACUGAUACAGCGAAACAAGAGAAGAAGAAGUUGUUAAGAGAGAAAUCCCCUAAGAAACAUGCCAAAACAUCAAAAAUGGAGGAAAAGAAGGAUAAAGAAAAGAAACAGAUUAAGAAAGAAAAGAAAGAAAUAAAAAAGCAAGACUCUGUUAAGAAAGAUGACAACAAGGAAUCCAAACUGAAGGCAGAUUCAAGUAAGCCAGAAUUAAGGAAGAUCACCAAAACUGACUCAAAACCCUUCACCCCUGAGGUCAAAAAGACUCUUAACAAAGCAAAGGUUCAAACCAAGCCGAAGACAGAAAAAACAAAAGCAACCAAGGAGCGAGAGAACAGACCUGCUGCACAAAAGGUUUCAAAAGAGAUACAGGAAAAUGACAGAUCCCUGGUCUCCUCACCAGAAGACCUUACCAAGGAUUUUGAAGCACUGAGACAAGAAGAACUUUCUAUGCUUGCAGAGAGCAAAGUGCUUUCAAAUCUCGAAUCCACAACUUUACCUGACACACGUAUUGUGUCGCCGGAUGAAGGAAUCCCCACUACUGACAAUGAGACGGAAUCCCCUCAUGAGGAAAAACAGGUGCAUGGAGAAAAGACAAUGAAACCCCUAACAAAAACAGCAGACAAAUUUGAGGAUGAGGGUGCUGCAACAGAAGAUGACUAUGAGGAAGAAUACAACACUGAGACCAAAAUAUCUAAAACUUCAGGUCUCACAGAGAAGCCAGACUUCAAGAAGAAUGAAGAUCUUGAAAAGAAACAUAAAAAGAGUGACAGUGAGGAGGAAGAGGAUGUUAUUGAAAAAGCUGAGCUGGAGGAAGCAGAGGAUAUCGUUCAUGAGGAAGAGUUGAAAUAUAAGAGUGAGCAGGUGAAAAAAGAAACUAUUAGCAAAGACUCAGACAUCAAACAAAUUGACACUAAAACGAUCAAACCUGCUGGUGCCACUGAACACAUCUCCUUCAUCCAAGAUGAAACCAUUCCUGGAUAUUCAGAGACCGAACAGACCAUUUCUGAUGAGGAGAUCCAUGAAGAGACAGAAGAAAGGAUCCCUCAUCUCCGCUAUGAUGACGUCUCUGUCCCCGAUCAACCUGACUUUUUCUUCCAAGGCAUGAAGGACAUAAAACCCCAAACCACAUCUGUUGCACCCGAGUUAACAACAAAGAUAAACAGUGAGGUCCAAGAGCCACCUUUAUCAACAUAUUCCAUGAAUAUCAUUGCAGCACCAUUAGCCGAGGAAGAACAUAUAUCCUCAGCUACCUCCAUUACAGAGUAUGACAAAUUAUCCUCUUUUGCUGCAUCCGUUACUGAAGAUCAGUCUAUUGCCUCUGUGACAGCACCUCCGACCGAGGAACUCGGAAAAAGCUCUUUACUCCUGGACAAUGUGAACAGUAUGCAGUCAUCCAAUCGUACAGAAGGAAAAGAAUACCUACAUUCAGCUGGCACAAUCUCUCCAACAUCAUCUUUAGAAGAAGACAAAUGCUUCAAGUCACCGCCAUCAGAAGAAUACCAACCCACUGUUCCAGAAAUGGAAACUGCCAGAAAACCCAGCACUCAGACACAUGAAGAUGAUGAUGAAGAUGAAGAAGAGGAAGAUGACCAGACACCCAAUGUUGACAUGCCUCUUGGAAAACUCCAUGAGGGAUAUGCAUCUGCCACACUGCAGGAACAUCUUGAUAAAUGCCCUUCCUCAAUGGGACCUCUUUUAUCUCCUGGAACACUUUCUGUCUCACAAGAAAAGAAUGAAAAUGACUUUUCUCCAGAUGAACCCAAAAUAGAAAGUGCUGAGAAACCACUAUCUGGUGCACCCUGUGUCUCCAGCACACCGGAAGCAAGUGGUGCUUCCGAACCAUCAGAGAGAUGUGCAAGUCCAGAUGAUAGCACCAUGAGAAUGGCUUCACCUACACAGUCAGGCCCUACUAGCAUUGGCUAUUCACCUACUGAGGAAAAGGCACCAAAGUCUUUAGUUAUGGAGAAAGAGGACAGAUUGGACAAGGACAUAUACAAUGUUCAAAUGUUAACUAAACCUGAGACGGUUGUAGACACUAAUGCAAACAAAAAGACUAUGAUGGAGGAUGGAGGGGAUCCAUUCAUUGGUGGCUUCUCAAGCACAAGGGCAACAUUUGACGAUUCGGGUGAAGAAGAAGAUGAUGUUGAUGAAGAGGAAGUACAAGAUUAUUUUGGAAAGGGAGAGAUUACGACCUGUGCUAAAACAAAAUACAAAGAAGAAAGGGAGUGUACAUUCCUUGAUGAAGAUGACAUUUCUGAGCCCCAAGCUUUAAAAGAGGAAAAGCUAAUUAAAAAGGAGAAAGAGGAAGCAGAUCAAAAAGAUAAACCACAAGACAUGACCACAUACUUGGAGAAGGAACAGAAGUCCCAGAUGCUGAGCUCUGAAGAAGAGGAAGAGAGUGAAGAUGAAGAGUGCACUUACUCAAGCAUAAAGGGUCACCAGGACAAGUUUGAUUCGGUGUCAGCAGCCUAUACCAAUAAAGAUGUGUCAUUCUCAGAGAGAGAUGACUCAACCGUGAACUCCAAAAAUGGAGAUAAAAGUGUACACUUCAACUUGUACUCUUCCCCUCAGUCUGAAAAGGAUGUUAAAGAAGACCGUAUGAGGGAAAUAAGGCAGGAUACCCCUUACGUAGGAAAGAGUUUUACAUAUUCUGAUGUAUAUGACAGUAAAUCUAGUUCUGUGGAUUCAUACUCUCCUAACUUACCGAAAGACACCGAUAAGUCUGAUGAUCGUAAUGACACCCUGAAGGAAGCAGAGAAAAAAGAUUCCAUAUAUACCUUCGUGGAACCUUCAAAGAUGUCAAAUUUGGAGGAAUCUUACAUAAAGGAUGUGUCAUCACCAUCAUACAGUGAAACCAAAACAUCUGGACAUGUUUUAGAUGACAAAUCUACAGACAUGUUAACUGAGGCCAAAAAAUCAUCACAUUCAUUCUCACCAGAAAAAGACAUAUUUUCUGUUCAGUUCGACAAGCCUGUCGUUAGCGGAAAGACGGAAGUAGGUGAUAAACCAUCAAGCGAUUAUAAAGAGGACUUUUCUUUGACAGCUCAGUCUUUCGGUGUGGAAUCAAGAGCAAGUGCACUAGAGAUGAAGAUGUUAGCACAUGGAGAGGAUGAUGAUGAUGACGAUGACGAAGAUACCGAGGAAGAAGAAGAUGAUGAUGUUUACAAGAGGCGUGUCGGUGACAGUGAUACGGAAAAAGAUGCUAAAUACGGAAUAACAAAAGAUUUAAGCGUGUUAUGUGGUACCACUAGCAAAGUGCCACCUGAUUUCAAGGAGGAAAAGAAGGAGACCUCACAGGAUUAUAGUUUUGGCUCUGUCAACUAUGACACAUCCCCUUUUAAAGAAACAAUGAGUCAUAAAAACACAGAGAAACCGUCUGAAACAGGUAAAAAUGAAGUGUCAUCACCACUCUCUGGCAGCUACAUGACAGAAUAUUCUGGAUAUGAAUAUUCUUAUGGCGAGGUGAAAAAGUCUGUCCCAUCCAGUCAUUUAGCCAAAGAUGAUAGCUAUGGUCAGUCUUUCUUAUCCUUAUCCACAAAACCAAGUGAAGACAAAUAUUACCAUGAUGACAAAGACUUUGAGUUUGAAAAGCAAAAGACACCAGACAUUUUACCAAAAAAACCUGCUGACUCUGUUUCACUCGGCUUCAGCUAUACAACUACAUCAGCCACGGCAUACUCCUCCUCUUCCUCCUACAGUCACUCCUCCUCUGCCUCCGCCUCUCUCUCCACUAGUCGCCAGUUUGGAGAUGAGGUAGAAACUCCAGCGAGUGUUGGAUAUGAGUAUUCACCCUUUAAAGAUGAGCACUCUCCUGUGGUAGAUUCACCAUUCUCCAGUUCUGUUGGGAUGGUUAAAGAUGAGUAUUUGGAAGUGUCAGAGAAGAUGACUCCCAUCACCACCACAGCUGAGCCCAUUCCCAGCGUAGCAAAGGUUUCACCAAUAUCAUCUUUUGAGGAGAUCAAACCCUUACCUUCUCAUCCACUUACCUCUGCAGUGGAUAAAAGAGAAGAGCUUGCCAGCAGUGCAGGUAGUGCUUUUGAGAAAGGCCCCCAGGGUGCAUGCUUUUACAAGCCAGAAUGGGAGGCAAAUACAGGUUUGCAGGGUGAAUAUGGUGCCACUGGACCUUACAAUCUUCUCUCCAGGUGUUCUGAGAAAGACACUAUGAAAAAAGAUGUGUUUGGUGCUUCCUCAAUACCUCAUGCUGAUUUACCCGAGAAACAAUAUUAUGAAGAUACUGAGAGUAGCGAAGAGGAGGAAGAUUACAUUUGUGAGUCUGAACAGGACAAACUGCACUAUCAUAGUUCUCCAUUUACAGCUGAUGCAGAUAAGAAAGAUGAUAUGUUUUCCAUGACUGAGAAACUGUCUUCUGCCAGUAAAGUAGACACAUUUCCAGACAUGCUUACAUACACUUCUUCAAUACCACAGACUACAAACGGACCUUCAGAGGUCAAUAUGGCAGCACCAGAGGCCUUUGCGGACACCAGCAGGGUUACAUCCAGCCUACAAAAAACUGAACUGAAAGGUGAAAAAUUUGAAGCAUGCAAAAUCAGGAACCCAUUUGAAUGGGAGAUGCAGCAGCAAAGAGGUGUUUACCCAGGAGAAUCGCCACCUCAUUAUCGUCAUGAGGAUGAAUAUGAGGAAGAAGAGGAAAGGGAGCCUGUGCAGCCACCUCGUCCUCUUUCUCUUUCAUCUGCAGAUCAGUCUUUCCCAUCCUCCUACUAUAAAGAAGAUCCAAGCAAGCCUGACCAUGCUUCUGAUGCAUAUACGGGUGUCGGGUCCUUCUCCUCUUCCCCAGGGUACUCUUCUUCUGAGUAUAAACAGAGAAAGGGAGACACGUCCCCAUCAUUUAUCAACCCCAGCAUUUGCCAGCUGUCCAGUGAUGAGGAAGAUGAGGAGCAAAGAAGCCAGGAUGCAGAUCAGCAGCAGCCAUCAGGCAAGAACCGCUCCCACAGCCAGCCGCAGCAUGGUUCCUGCAGAGGAGACAGUGAAUCACAGCACCUGUCAGGAGCCAUGGCAGCAGGGACUGGCCUAGCUGGAGAUGACACACCUCCAACCUCUGUCAGUGAAUCUCUACCCUCACAGACAGAUUCUGAUGUUCCACCUGGAACAGAGGAGUGCCCCUCCAUCACAGCAGAAGCAAAUGCAGAAUCUGAUGAGGAUGCAGAUUAUCUCCCUGUGGACAAAACAUCUGGAGCCUAUGGUGGAAAGCAUUUUUCAUCCCGGUCAGAUAAAAAUCAUGAUCCACUGCCCUCACCAAUGAUGGAUCCGGCCCCUUACCCACCUCAUCCUGAUGUCUGCAUGGUAGACCCAGAUGCUCUAUCCAGCCUUACUGACAAACCUUUAAAGAAAGACCCAAAAACAAAGAGCUUUCGCAAAUCAAGUAAGUCAAGGUCACCAGCCAGGAAAGCUGACGCCAUUCAUAAGAGGUCUCCAUCAAAGGAUUCCUCUCCUCGUUCCACCUCUCUGAAAAAGAAGGACUUAGAGGACGAUUUAUACAAGUCAAGUCACAACACUGGCAAGGGCCUUGUCAAUGGAGUUAAAUCUAUUUCAGGAUCAAACAGUACAAAAUCCAGUUCUGCUGCACCCUCUGGUUCUCCAAUCUUUGUGGACUUGGCCUACAUUCCAAACCACUGCAGUGCUAAAAAUGUCGACCAGGAGUUCUUCAAACGUGUGCGCUCAGCCUAUUAUGUAGUGAGUGGGAAUGACUCCAGCAGUGAAGAGCCUAGUCAUGUUGUCCUGGAUGCAUUGCUGGAGGGAAAAGCACAGUGGGGCUCUAAUCUACAGGUGACAUUGAUCCCUACCCAUGAUACAGAAGUGAUGAGGGAGUGGUACCAGCAGACCCAUGAGAAGCAACAGGAGCUGAAUAUCAUGGUUCUGGCCAGCAGCAGCACAGUUGUGAUGCAGGAUGAAUCAUUCCCUGCUUGUAAAAUUGAGUUCUAAGUCUGGCAUGGCUCCCAGGUUCACACUUUUACACUUAAACAAUCCUUUAUCGCCUUAUUUGUCAUUUCUUCAGGGUAACAAACUUCCUUUGAUAUCAUUGUCCAUAGUUACUCAGUAGUCUCUAUCUCUCCAAAAAUGGUUUUGGUCCUUAUAACAUUCCCAAUCCCGAAUGAGGAUGGUAUUAUCUAGAAAGACUUUAGCAGGAUGUGCCUUUAACUUUAGGAUUUUCAGUUUACUUUCUCACUUUGAUGAAGAAAGAAUUUUCUUUUCAGUUGGUAAUUGUUUGAUUUUUUUUUAAUGUUUUUUUAAUUUUUUUUUUAUUAUUAUUAUUUUUACAAUUCUCAUUUUCACUUUAAUUUUUUUGUAUUAUUGAAUGAUGCAGUUACAUCAUUCAGAAUAAAAGGUUAAACGGUUAAAACAUCCCAGUUUUAUAAGGCACACGUCAAUCAGAGCUCAUUUGGAGUUUGUUACUUUACCUUUAAUUUAUUCUUAUAUUAUUUAUGCAUGUAUUAUUCUUCUGCACACAAUUUCAGACCUACAUAUACUGUAUGCUCUCUGUUCUCUCACACAUACUCCACAAAAUAUCAUGUAUUAAUCACGUAAUCUGUUCUUCAGAACCUAAUUACAUGCUGGUAACCGUACAUACAGUUUGCAGAAUAUUUACCGGAUAAAUGUUUAUUCUGUCGCCUUGGUGAGAAGUAGAAAACAGCUAAGGGUUUUAAAUGAAUAGCACCACAAUGUACCAGCCUAUUACAGUGUAAAGCUCCAAUGUAAACAUGCCUUUAGACAGACAGAGAGGACAAACCUCACGAACCAUGACGGAAUUACAUAAAACGAGACAAGAUGGCUGAUGUUCUCUGUGAAGAAUUAGGAUUAGGUGUAGGAUAAGUCAGUGUCAACUGCUGAACUGGUUAUUUUAUGCUGUCAAUGUCCAUAAAUUCAUCAUUUUAAGUUGCUAUAAAAGACCUGUAAUUGUUAUUACAUUUCCAGAUUUGCAGAUUGAUAUCAUGAAAUGUAUCAGCACUUUAUAAUUAUUUUACUUUUAUUUGUACUUAUUUUAAUGCUUUGUGUAUAUAGAAAUGCUGACUGAGAUGGGAAAAGCCAAAGGAACUAGCAAUAGGAAACGAUUGUGAAUGUUAAAUCUUAGGAGCGCUGUAGUUGAUGGAAGGUUUGGAUGGUAUAAACUUGGAUAAGGUUACAUGUUUGCUGCACAAGUGUGGGAGGAAUUAAUGACUAUGAAUAAGCGGUAUCUUUUCCUCAGAUCCAGGAUUGCAUUUAGUUCGGGAUAUUAAUAAGCACAUUGUGGCCUCUACUAGGAAUAAAACCAUUGUUAUUAGAAUAAUGAUUUCCUCAUACAUAGCCCAAAUGUUUAACAUUAACAUUUAAAUGUUUAAGAAUUUAGAGUCAAUAGAAAAAAAUAAAAAUGGCCGAUAAACACGUUUUGAAGAUAUAUGUUAAUUGUCUGCCUAAUACAGUAAAAAUAAUUGGGAUUCAAUUCAACACGUUACCAUUUAUGCACUCUUUUUAAAAUUAAAUUAUAGUAAAUAUGCAUUGUUUUAUUUUGGAAAAGACAAAAUAUUAUUUGAUUCUGAAUAGUACAGUUUGCGUGGCCAGCUGGGAUAGGUCACGUUAAUGUUUACAACAAACGGUAACUUUUUAGCUGCUGGUUAUUUCUAAGUGCUAAAAAGACACGUCCUCACUAACGGUGUCAACAUGGGUUUAAAACGAUUCAGUACAAGGAAAAUAAAUAGUUAAGCAAGCAAAAUGCUUUCGUGUACCUGACUGCCAGAUCGUGUGACCAGAUCACUGAUCGUAUUUUAUUUUCAAGGUAUGUAAGUAAAGCAUCCAUUUUUCGUGAGCAAAAGAACAACUCAAUAACAGAAAAGUUACAAAAACCAAACUCAUUAAUGUGCUGUGCAAAUAAAGCCUCCUUUAGUUGCAGUUUUUUUAAUUAUCCACAUCUUGACAGUAACAAAUCAUUCAAAUCCUGCUUUCCAUUCAGCCUGGCUAGUUUCUGCAUGUGACUUUAAAUUUGAACGUGUGUGUUCUAGUUAAUAAUGAUAUUAAAUACUGUACUAUUUUAAAGAUAUAUAUUUAAAUGCUAAAUGUCUCAAUAGCACAUGUAACCAGGCCACGCUUUAAUUUAACUCUGUGCGGUGUUUAAAAGAACAUACUGGGUUUUUUAUUAUUAUUAUUAUUAUUAUUAUUUCUCCCAGUAAAUUUAUGUCUUCUUUUCAAAGUUCCUUUAGCUCUGUUUCUCUUUUGGUCUUUUUUAUUUUCUGUGCAAUAUGCUGUAUCUAUCUUUGAAGUUUCUCUAAAUGUAGAAUCUACAGAUUUGUUGUAAAAGGGUAAACCUGGUGAUCACCAAUAAAAUACAGUCGUUGAAAUGUU